UUUGAAAUUUUAAAAAAAAUGCAAAUUUGUCACUUUUUAACCCACUUUAAAAAAUAGAUUAGAUAAUUAUUAACAAAAAUAAUAAACACACAAAAUCUGUUUGAUUUUUACCGAUGACAGAAAUAUGUUAACUAUGUUACCUUGUGAUUAAUCUUGGUUAUCAAAUUCAUUUCUAUGAUUCACCUCGGCGAGGAACGGUGCAAAUAUAAAUAAUCGUUUGUCGUCCUAGACUUAAAGUGAUUUUAUCUUUAACGGUAUCCUUUUGGGAGGGGGAGCGGGUAACUUGAGCCGGACUAUUAACAGUGCUACACCCUUCCACAUCCCGAAUUUCGUGUUAUUUUGAUUUAAAUUAUACAUAAUUUGGUUGUUUUUAUGAUACACUUGCGUCUUUUCUUGCCUUUUAUCUCGAUGGUUUUGUUUUUUUUAAACAAAGCGGAACCGUUGUCACUGUUGUAUUAGCCGGACUGUCAACUGUGUUGCACCCUGCCGCAACCUGAGAGGGUAGUUUGGUGCUGACACUUGUUUCGUGAAGUAUUACACUUUGCACGCUUUUGUGGGUCAGUGCAACGUCAGAUCAUCUUUUCUGCCACCUGAUGGUCUGAACGGGAUGGAGGAUGAAGACGAUUGCCCAGAGUUGGUGCCCAUCGACCCCCAGCCUACUGAACAGAUCCCUGUCACCAUCAUCACUGGCUACCUUGGUGCUGGAAAGACCACGCUCUUGAACUAUAUCCUAACAGAACAACACGACAAGCGGAUUGCCGUCAUACUCAAUGAAUUUGGAGAAGGGAGCGCCCUUGAGAAGUCCCUUGCUGUAAGCCAGGCUGGAGAACUUUAUGAGGAGUGGCUGGAGCUGAGGAAUGGCUGCCUCUGCUGCUCUGUCAAGGACAAUGGCCUUAAAGCAAUUGAAAAUUUGAUGGAGAAGAAGGGCAAGUUUGACUAUAUACUUCUCGAAACAACAGGCCUUGCUGAUCCAGGCGCUGUGGCCUCCAUGUUUUGGGUUGACGCAGAGCUUGGCAGUGACAUAUAUUUAGACGGUAUUGUGACCGUCAUCGACGCCAAGUAUGGACUCCAGCAUCUAACAGAGGAAAAGGCCGAUGGACUUGUGAAUGAGGCUGAAAGACAGAUUGCACUUGCUGACAUGACAAUUAUCAACAAGACAGAUCUGGUGAGCGAGGCGGAACUUGCUCAAAUCCGAAACGCUGUCAGGUCAAUAAACGGUGUGGCGAAGAUCCUGGAAACCCAGAGAUCAAGGGUGGACCUCUCGGAAGUCCUCGACCUUCACUCUUUUGACAGUAAAAAUGGAGCAGAUCUAGGAGAGAAGCUUCACAUUGUGAAACCGAGCAGACCUCAUCUUGACAAGAGUAUUUUAACAGUGACGUUUGAAGUGGCAGGAAGCCUUUCCGAAGACGCUCUAAAUGUUUUUAUUCAGGAUCUCCUCUGGGAAAAGGCAGUUCGAAACAAAGAGGGCAAACCCAUGACUGUCAUUCGCUUGAAGGGAAUGCUGUCUUUGGCGGCCAAAGCCCACCAAGUCAUGCUGCAGGGGGUCCACGAACUGUAUGAGCUCAAUGAGACCCCCCAGCUUUGGGAGGAGCAGCCGCGGAUCAGCCGGCUGGUCUUUAUAGGGAAGAACUUGGACAAAGAUAUCCUCAAACAACAGUUCAUCUCAACUGUGCUCCAAAGACAGGAAUAAACUUGAAUCUUCCCCUGGAAAACAGUCCAUUCGGUGGCAAGUCUUUGGAUUUCAGUCUCAUAAGAAGACAGAACUUUAAAGCUUCACUUUUUCACUGGAGAUUGAAGAACAGCAGAAGGUUAGCUAAUGUUAACUUGAAGUCCAAACACAAAGGGACUGUCUCUUUACUUCAGAAAGCACAGAUAAUAAUAUUCUAAUCAUGUGCUGGACAUUACUUAUGUAUACACGAUGCAAUCAAUAAAUGAUUGUAAAACUAUUUUUAGUUAAGAUGACAAAUUCUACUGUACAAUGAAAAUCAGUGUUCUAAAACAACGCUAUUUGAAGCUGAAUAAUUUUCAUUUCACAGCAAUAUUUUUUUUUAAUGCUGUAGCUUCUAUACUUGUAUGUUUUAGUGUUACAACAGCAAUAAAUAUACUUUUUGUUUCUAAAAUACUAUACUAAACUUGAAAGCUUCACCUCAUUAAACUAAACCGCAGCAGAACAUCAAGUCACAAAAAUGUUCAUUUUGAAACUCAUGAUAAGGACUUAAUUGCAAAACAAAUGCUUUUUCCAAUAUAUUUGGGCGUUAGAGAUCUUGAGCUUGUAACUCAUUUUUUUUCUGGUACUGUAUUUUCAAAAAUUACGUGUAAAAACGACACUUUUAGAAUAUAAUACAACAUGACACAUGCAAAAUUGAAAAAGUACAUUAACAGUCACAGUUUGUAAACAAUAUAAACUAUAUAAGGUUGAGCAAAACAAUGAUAACUAAGUUUGAAGAAUCCGUUUAAAGCAAGUUAAUUGAAAAAAAAAAAAGGGGGGGGGGCACACGCAUGUGCCGAAGUCGUUCUUUCCCUUUCAUUAAGAACAUGAUCUUAAAUGAUUAACAGGUCUGCGCUGAGGCGCUGCUGCCUCCACCUUAAAUUAAGUCUGUACACGCCACAGUUGAUAUUUGGCUGCCAUGUGAAGCCCAUUAAGGGCGCGCGCACGGGGUCAGCUGAGGGAGUGGGCGGAGUUUUCCCAGCUCUUCUCAUUAGCAAUGGUGAUGUUUUUUGUUUUAAAUGUGUUUUGUUUUGAAACGCUUUGAUGACGCCUGGCUCGUAAAUCCUCCCAAGCUCUGACCCGACCUGAGCCGAACGGCACCGUGCAGCUGCGGCCGUUUCCUACUCGAUUCUGAUGCUGAUUGGCCUCGCCGGGAGCGGCCAUUGGCUCGUCGCUGCGCUGCCCCGCGGGAUGUCCCACCACGGCCAUUUUCAUGGUCACGCCCCCC